AUGGUCGGCGGUCGCAAAUACGCUAAUAAGCAAAUCGAGUGGCUUCUUGGCAAGAUCGCCAAGGGAGAGCCCCAAGAUCAAAUCAUCGCCGCUUUUCGCGAGAAGUGGGACUGUCCUACGUUUGGAAAGGCGCAGUACAAGUACUUGAAGGGCAUGUACGGCGCUGACCCGGAGUUUGGACUGCCCCUGGUCAACAGGGGCGUCAUCACAUCGGCGACCUUGGCAAGGACUUCGAAUCGUAGAACGAAAUCGAAGUCUACUUCUGCGAGCUCACCCGCCCAGAGUGCGCAGGAUGCCCUUGCGCAUGCAGACUCUGGAGAAGGUCACCUUUCUCCAGACCACCCGUUAUCACAGCAGGUGCCAUUCCCAGCUUUGAAUGGCGGUUCGACCUUUGGCGACCAUCUUCCUCAUGGGCAGCCAGAGAGUCUCUACCCCAGUGACUACGUCACAAGCGCAGUGCCAGCAGCAGCAGUGACACAACCACCGUACAACUACAAUACGGUUAUGAUCAAUGGCCUCCCUUACGACGCCACCCACGGCUAUGACUUGUCGACUUUCAGCCGAGAGAACGACUUGGAUUUCGGAGCAGUUCACCACCAAAGCCAAGGUCCGGCUUUUAACAGUCAAAACCCGGCCGGUCAGCUGUUCGGCGACGUGGGUUCACUAGAAGAUACCGGCAGCAACUUUGGGUUUUUCGAUGGCACCUUUACCGGCGACAGAGACUUUGGCAUACGUCCUGGGAGCGGGCAAGUUUACGAGCCAGUUUUCGACACGAGAUCGAAUAUAGCUGCCAGCACGACUGCAGCUACGGGCGCAGCUCCGACGACCUCGGCGGCGUCAGACACUAGAUGGUUUCCGAAUAUUACCACGGAUCUUAUAUCGAGUCUGCCUGCGGGAGUCUCUCCGGGUCCGGGUCCGGCUCCGGUGCCAAUCGUAAGACCGGGUAGAAACGCGGUUCCUACACCAACACCACACACCGUUCUGGCACCAGAGAUGUUCCCACCGUCGACCCACGCAUACGCGUUUAACCAAGAAGGCACUCUGCCACCACGGCCAGAGGGCUGCAUGCCGGAGGCGCGCACCGGAUGGGACAUGGUGGGUUGGUACUACGCCGGGCAGCACGAUAGGUGCCCGAUUCCCAUCAUUCACCGACAUACGCAAGGAGGCCAGGUCCAGUUCGACUCGGUCUACGACGUGGCAUGCAUGUUAACAGGUCGGCCGUUGGAAGCAGUCUCACAACCAAGUACGGACUGUGCAAGCAUUGUCGCUUCCUCUCCUCACGUCGGCGACGGUGCCAGUACUGAUACGGAGAUGAAGACCGACCCUUAA